AUGCUCGAGGCUACGACAGCACAAACGGGCUCGCUGGUGAACUACGUUCGUCACUCGGCUUUCAACCUGCAUGCGUGGAUGAGCUGGACGAUCACAUGCAACUUGCCACUCUCUUUUUGCGAGAGUCGUGAAGCAAGACGCUACUCAAACCUGGACCCGAUCUCGCAGGAGACGUUGCCUGAUGCCAUGGACGGGGUCAUCGUCGCCGUCGAGCGUUCAAUCGCGUCGGAGAUUCCGACGCGAUUUGGUUUCAUGCUCGACGGACACAUGCGUCGGAGCAAUAUAUUGCGGUCUUCGCCUGCUAUGAAGUGA